AUGGUGGAUCCGUACGCUUCAGCCCAUUCCCAUUUCCAUUCCCUUUUGCGAGACGAUGAGAACCUGCAGUCGUCUCCACCCCCAUCUCUGUUCGCUCUCUCACGUGGUGGCCGGGUGCUGAUAGUGGACGAGAUGGGGCUGGGUAAGACGGUGCAGGCCAUAGGGCUGGCAGUGCUGACUGCAUUCUCUCAUCCCCUCUUCCUCCCCCUCCCUCUGUUGCCCAGGUUUGCGCUCUCAAGAGGCGGCAGAGUGCUAAUAGCGGACGAGGCUGGCCCGCCAGUCUUGCUACCUCACACAAUGCCCUCUCCUCUCCUCCUCUCCUCUCCUCUCCUCUACCCCCCUCUCCCCUUCCUGCCCAGGUUCGCACUCUCAAGAGGUGGGCGAGUGCUGAUAGCAGAUGAGAUGGGGCUGGGCAAGACCGUGCAGGCCAUAGGGCUGGCAGCAUGCUACAGGGACGAGUGGCCUGUGCUUGUCAUCGCUCCGUCCUCUCUGCGCCUGCACUGGGCUGUGAGCAUCAUGCGGUGGCUCGACCUGCCUCCUGAAGACAUCACGGUGGUCAUGCCUCAGGGUGGCGCCACUCGCAGCAUCAACGGGUUUAACUUCGUCCGCUGCACUCGCAACCAGCCGCUCUCGCUGCAAUCACCCUUCAACAUUGUCUCGUACGACCUGCUUGAUCGCCUGGAGCAGCCAGAGGAGCCGUUUAAGGUGGUGAUAGCAGACGAGUCACACUACCUCAAGAACUACAAAGCCAAACGCACAGGCCUGGCCGUACCACGACUGCAGAAAGCCAACAGGGCCAUUCUUCUCACAGGCACGCCUGCCCUCUCACGCCCCAUCGACCUCUUCAAGCAGCUGGAGGCGCUUCUGCCUCGUGCCUACCACAAGCUGGGAGAGUACGGCAAUAGGUACUGCCGCGGGGGAAGAUUCGGAGAAUUCACAGGCUCUAGCAAUCGGGAGGAGUUGCAUGCGGUGCUGAGCGGUACGGUCAUGAUCCGGCGGCUCAAGAGCCAAGUGCUGAAACAGCUGCCAGCCAAGCGACGACAGCAGGUGCUGCUGAUGCUGGAGGAGAAGGCCAUGAAGCCCAUUCGCGCACUGCAUGCACAGCUGAGAAAGGUGCGGGAGAAGAAAGCUAUGGCAGCGAAUGCGGACAAGGAGAGUGAAGCAGUCAUGGAGGAGAGGGCGCUGGUGUCUCGGCUUUACACAGAGUCAGCAGAGGCAAAGGUGGAUGCUGUGAGGGAGUACCUGGGGACGAUGCUGGAGGGGGGGUGCAAGUUCCUUGUGUUCGCCCAUCACAUGACCAUGAUGGAUGCGCUUUCCGACUUCUUCCAGAAGGAGAAGGUUGGGUACAUUCGCAUCGACGGGGGCACUGCUCCUGAGAAGAGGCACCAUCUGGUGUCGCGCUUUCAGGAAGACGCUGGCACUCGUGUGGCUGUGCUGGGCAUCCAUGCAGCGGGCGUGGGACUCACGCUCACAGCAGCCAGCACUGUAGUCUUUGCAGAGAUGGCGUGGAACCCGGGGGACUUGGUUCAGGCGGAGGACAGGGCGCAUAGGAUAGGCCAGAGGGAGAUGGCAUGGAACCCGGGGGACUUGGUGCAGGCGAAGAACAGGGCGCACAGGAUAGGGCAGGUGGGUGGUGAGGGGUUAAGAACGGUGACGGAAUGUUAA